AAUUUAUUUCAUUGCGUGCAUAGCAAACGCGCUGCAAACAUUUUGGCAAUUCAACGCGUCUUUGCUUUGGGUUUUGUUAAGAAUUAUUCUAAAUAUAUAACUCGUGGGUUCUACAGUGUAAACUUAGUAGGCCACAAAAUGGUUAACGUAACAAUCUACGAUGAGGCACCAAAGCUUAAGCCCAACGAAGUACCUCAAAACAUGGCCGCUGCAGCUGAUUCCCAAUUGGAGCACAUGUGCCGCCUGCAGUUCGAUUCGCCCGUGCCUCACGUGCGUUUGUCCGGCAUUGUGUGCACUAUUGGACCUGCGUCCCGCAGCGUUGAAAUGUUGGAGAAAAUGAUCGCCACCGGCAUGAACAUUGCGCGCAUGAACUUCUCGCACGGCUCUCACGAGUAUCAUGCCGAGACCGUGGCCAAUGUGCGUCAAGCAGUGAAGAACUAUUCAGCCAAGCUGGGCUACGAGCAUCCCGUUGCCAUUGCUCUGGAUACCAAGGGUCCGGAGAUUCGCACGGGUCUCAUUGCUGGCAGCGGCACCGCUGAGAUUGAACUUAAGAAGGGCGAAACCUUCAAAUUGUGCACCAGCAAGGAUUUGCUAGAGAAAGGUUCCCUUGAGCUGGUCUAUGUUGAUUAUGAGAACAUUGUGAACGUUGUCAAGCCUGGCAAUCGCAUCUUUGUGGACGAUGGUCUUAUCUCGUUGGUGGUCAAAGAAGUCACCAAGGACACUGUUGUCACCGAGGUGGAGAACGGCGGUGCUUUGGGCUCCCGCAAGGGUGUCAAUCUACCUGGCGUACCCGUCGAUUUGCCCGCAGUCUCUGAGAAGGACAAGUCCGAUUUGCAGUUUGGCGUAGAGCAAGAAGUGGACAUGGUUUUCGCAUCGUUCAUUCGCAACGCCGCGGCUCUCACAGAGAUUCGCAAGGUGCUGGGCGACAAGGGCAAGAAUAUUAAGAUCAUUUCCAAAAUCGAGAACCAGCAGGGCAUGCACAAUCUGGAUGAGAUCAUUGAAGCCAGUGACGGCAUUAUGGUGGCUCGCGGUGAUCUGGGCAUUGAGAUUCCCGCCGAAAAGGUUUUCCUGGCCCAGAAGGCCAUGAUUGCUCGUUGCAACAAGGCUGGCAAGCCCGUCAUCUGUGCCACUCAGAUGCUGGAGUCUAUGGUAAAGAAGCCUCGCCCCACGCGCGCUGAAAUCUCUGAUGUAGCCAAUGCUGUGCUCGAUGGCGCCGAUUGUGUAAUGUUGUCCGGCGAGACGGCCAAGGGCGAGUACCCAUUGGAGUGUGUGCUGACCAUGGCCAAGUGCUGCAAGGAAGCAGAGGCUGCCCUCUGGCACCAGAAUCUGUUCUCCGAUCUAGUGCGUUGUGCAUCCGUUUCCACCUUGGAUGCGGCACAUUCGGCAGCUAUUGCUGCAGUCGAGGCGGCCAACAAAUCUAAGGCAGCUGCCGUUGUGGUAAUUACCACCAGUGGCAAGUCUGCCUUCCUAGUGAGCAAGUAUCGUCCACGUUGUCCCAUUAUUGCCGUCACGCGUUUCGCACAAACCGCACGCCAGGCGCAUCUUUACCGUGGUCUGGUGCCACUCAUCUACAAGGAGCCCGCACUUGGCGACUGGCUGAAGGAUGUUGAUGUGCGUGUGCAGUUCGGUCUGCAGGUGGGCAAGAAGAAUGGCUUUAUCAAGACCGGCGAUUCUGUUGUCAUUGUGACCGGCUGGAAGCAGGGCUCCGGCUUUACCAACACCAUCCGCAUUGUCACUGUCGAAUAAAUUUGUGUACCUGUUCUACAUAAAGAAACGCAACAGCAUGUGGUCAGCGUUUUAAGCGCUGCAAUUUAACUGUUAUUAACCAAGUUAAUUUAUU